AUGUAUUAUCCUGCACACUGUCCCGAAAGGCUUCACUCUAAUGCAAGUACUCCAUUGUCUGUGACUUGUCCCACUCCCCUAUGUAUGGACUGUGAUCCUCUGUCUUGUCGCCUCAGCAUCUUGACUAAAGCGAUUGCAUCCUUAGCCCCCCAGAAACUGGACGAAAAUGCCGAGAAGUGGCUGAAAACACUUCCGUGGUCCUACGCAGAUGCCGUGAAGAAGUCUGCGCAGAAGAAGGACGAGCCGGCCGCACCGAAGGUUCCACAAGAGGUCGAGGAACCUGUAGAGGUAGCAGAGGUACCCGAACCUGAGGUGGCAGAUGUACUUGAGGAGCCUCCUCAACAUAAAGGUAACUUGUCCUUUGUUCGGCGGAGGCAUGUCCCAUGA